ACGCGCCAUUUUUUGGACCGCCAUGGCCCGUCGAUGCCCGGAUGUACAUAGCUGAUUUGCCAUGGGCGCUCUCGGCCAUGACAUGUUCCUGGCUGUUCCGCUCCUUUUGGCCUUGCUUUUGCCGAGUGCAUGGCCGGAGCUUUGCUGGGUCUUGAUCGCCUUGCUGCUCCUGCGCUGGAAGAUGUCUAGACCGACCGCGCAGUCCGUCGCCCCUGGUCCGAGCCUUCGACCGAAGAGCCCGGGCGUUUGGUCCGUGGGUCUGCAGGUGGCCUUCAUUGUUCUCAUCGGCAUCUCGAAAUUCUUUGUCAAGUACUCCCCUUGGCUGCCUGAAGCGUCCAUUGCCGCGUUGCUCCUCCACACCGUGUAUAUACUAGUGGUGCCGGAGCAGUCAAAAGAUGAAGAGGCAUCUCAGGCGCCAGCUGCUCCAGCUGCUUCAAAGGUGCCACGAGAUUCCAAAAAGCUCGAGAAGGUGGAGAAAGCCGAGAAGCUGGAUAAGGCCAAGCCCAAAGCUCGCAAGGGCUUAGCUAGCUUGGACGUAUCCCGCUGGGCAGAUCUCGAGGAGGAGGAUGAGUUUCAGGAGGUGUUGGCUGCGAAACUUGGAAAUGCUAAGCCAUCGACAGCAGCUGAAGCACCUGCAGAAGCCGCCAAUACUGCUGCUGUGCUGUCAGAGGAGGUGGAGGCCGUGGAGGCAGAUCCAGAGCCAGACAGGCCAAAAAGAAAGGCUAAAGCAAAGAAGCCACGGGAAGGGGGAGUUCGAAAGGAUGAGACGCCCAACCCGGUUCCAGGAGGGCGCCCUCCAAGCAGCAGGCGAGGAGAAGAGAUGUCAUGAGUCAUUCGGGUAGCGAGACCGAGAUGUGGGAGAUGGAGUCGAGGAGAGAAGCGACAGGUUUGACAGCAUGGCAUUUCAAGAUAUUCGAUGAUUUUGAGAAACAUUGAUUUGAUCUAAAGGUGUAAAACAUUGGACACUGUGGGGAUGCUACUUGGAGUGAUGUCUUCACGGGUGACCAGAGGGCAAUUGUGGUCCAAGCAUGUUUGUGUUCUCAUAGUG